UACCACUCUUUCGCGAGGAGACAGCUUCUGGAGACCACAGCAACAAUGGCUACCGCGGCCCCAUCAUCAGGUUCCGUGCCCAACCGAGGUCCGUCCCUCAUGGCUCUGAUGUGGGUGUGCACCGUCGUGUCGAGCAUCACCAUCGUUCUGAGAUUCGUCUUCCGUGCUCGGAAAGCCAUCAUUGGCUGGGAUGAUCUCUUCAUGCUCGUGGCGCUGCUGUGCUUCUACGGAUGGACCAUCUCCCUCACGCUCCUCUGUCUGAAAGGAGGGGAAAAGCAUAUCAAGGAUGUCAUGCCUCUGGGUCCGGAUGUCAUCGCCGAAGUUCAAUUGCUCAAUUGGACUGCGCAGGUCUUUGGCAUCAUUGGCGUCGCUGCGGGCAAAGUGUCCGUCUCAGCACUGAUACUGGCGAUUAUGCAAAACACCCACCGCGUGUGGCAGAAGGUGUAUCUGUGGGUCUUUUGCAUGGUGCUGGUGUGCAUGGUCUGUAUAUCCUGCUCGGUGCUCACGUUCGCGCAAUGCAGACCUGCAGCGGCGUUGUGGGAUACCAGGAUCAAAGGCCAUUGCAUAAAGCCAUCCAUAAUGGCCGACUUUGGGACAUUCACGGGGGCUUAUAAUACCUUCGUUGACGCAAGUCUGGCCUUGAUCCCCUCGACUAUCUUCUGGAGCUUGAAGAUCGGGUUCCAGGAGAAGGCCACCCUGUGCAUCGUGUUUGCUCUCAACAUCCUGACCGCCAUCUGCUCCGGCAUCAAGACGUCCUACCUCUCCCAACUCGCCAACCGGUCCGACUUCACCUGGGCCACCUACGACAUCUUCGCAUGGGUGACGGCCGAAUUCUUCCUCAUCACCGUCUGCGGCUCCAUCCCCACCCUGAAACCCAUCCUGAACUUCUUCCGCGGCCGUCACGGAUCCCGGUAUUGGCGAAGCUCGUACACGCGCCACACCGGCGACUCGAUGCCCGUAUCCGACGAAGUGCAACUGCAUAGCUUCCGCCGAGACGGCGUCAAGAGCCAGGCCACCGUCUCGAACUCGGAGACCGCGACGAGGAAAUCAGACGGCGAUGCUGCUGAUAUCAGAGUCGAGAAGUCUUAUCGAGUUCGCAUCGAGAAGAAUGAUAGUCAACAGGAACUUAAUCGUGAAGAGAGUGGCUAGAGAUUUUCAGACUUUGCCCUCGCUCUUGACCCGGGCUUCCGGUGCAAGUACGAAGGCUUCAUUCCCUCGCAGCUGGCCUCUCUUGAAUCUCAAGAGUUCAAGAUCCGCACAGCCCAAUUUCCGCAACACACCACCGACGAAAGAAGGCCAUCCAUCCAUGGCUCUUACACAUUGCUGUCAUAAUAACGGCGCAGCACCAAUAUCCUCGCUGCAGCCCCCAAGCUUCAAAUCUUAGCGUUUGUUUCAUCCCGCAACGCUUCAAGACCCCAUCCUCCAACAUCUAAAUAAAGAAGUAAUCCUAGCUGCGGCUUCCCCACGAGCUUUAAGGAGAGAGACUGAGAGAGACAGAGAGAGAGAGAGAGAGAGAGAGAGAGAGAG